AUGUGGGAGUUACAGGAGUUUAUCGGAGACGUGCUCAAUAAGACCUUCGUUAUCAGUCAACCAGGUGUUAUUAAGUUUGGUGGUUCAGGAUGUGACGUUGACUUGCGGCCGGCUGUGUGCAGUGAGGUGGCUAAUAUGUUUGUUAUCGGUACUGAUACUAAUUGUGUGAACGGUUUACAGUUUAAUCUGUCGGAAAAUGUUCGGGGACAAUCCUUAGUUAAUGGCGUGUUGUCAAAAGAAUACCAGCCCAUAAAGUCGGGAGACAUGGUGCAAUUUCGUUCCGUAUCGAACAAGAAGUUUAUAUUGAUCUACAAAGAAAUCAAUAUACUUUUUUCUUCGAUGGAGAGGAAUAUACGAAAAAAAGCUAAAACAGUCGCCAACCUCAUUCAUGCAAAAGUUUUAAGCGAUUGGUCAAACGAAUGCAAUGUUCUUGUUAUGCAAUCUCUGAUUGUUACUUCGAAAGUUAUAUGUGCAUUACUUAGCUGUAUUCCUAUUGUUACACCGGACUACUUGGAAGAAAUCAAGAAAAUCCAAGGCUACACAUUCGCAACGAAACCUGAUCCAAAAGACUUUUUGCCGAUUAUGAAGGAGGAAAAACUGACACAGAAUGACGCCUCGAAGUUUCUCCCCAAUGAUUUGCGACGUCUUUUAUUUAGUGGAAAGGUAUUCUUUGUUCUAAAUAAAGACAAGUACAAUAUUCUGUCGGAGAUAAUCCGUUUGGGGAACGGGAGUUCAUGUUUACUUGAUUCUCCCGAUGCUCUACUUACCUCCAAUUCAAACAAUAAAGUGCAUGUGACUGGACAUAUUGCUGUAGAUGAUCUCCUUCGUGAUAUUUUAUCGAAACCAGAGUCGUGCGUCGUUCAUUUUCAUCCCACAUCUGUAACCGAAUCAUGGCAGCGAAAGGUAUAUUCUGUAUUGCGUAGUCUACGCCGCAGACCCAUUCUAGAAUCAGAACUGGGUUUCGCUGUUGUAUAUUGCUCGACAAAGUUAUAUUGCAAUCCAGAUAAACGCUGCCCUGAUGGAUUAUACCAAGAAAUUGAUAUAUCUGGUACGUUCUCGGUGAAUCCGUUUCAAAUAGACUCGGAAGUUGUCUCAUCAGAACUUAGUCAAUUAUCUACUACAGUGGUUGGCGCGAAAAUUCCUGACUCUACUCAUAGGAAUUUUUCAUCUAAAAUGAAGAAUACCGAAUCAGACUCUGGACUCAAAUCAAGAUCAUAUCAAACUGCAAGGUUAUGUGAACGUAAAUUUGGGUCUACUAUAUCUAAAAUUGUUCCUGUGAAAACUCCUGAGCGUAUAACUGUGGGAAACGUUUUAGCACAUGACUCAGAGCCUUAG